UUGACGUUUGAAUUUUUCAAAGUCAUAUCAAAAUCUAAGGAAAAUAAAAAUAAUAACCAUUAAGUGAUUUUAACGAUCAUCUGACAACUCCGCUAGGCAAGCAAGAACUUAUACAAAAGCAAUAAMUAUGAAACAUUUUUAAGGCUAGUUUUUAAAUUUCGUAAAAUAUUUAAAAUGCGUUCAAUCAUUUUGAUAUUGAUCCUUUUAAACUGUCAGUUUUUUACCGCGCAAAGUUUCGAUAACAAUCGUAUACAGGAGCAGCACAGAAAGAUGAAGCGAAUGUUACCGCGCUUGUACUCACAAUAUUCAGAGGAUUCCGGUAGCGAGCAAGASGGCGGCGCAAACCGUUCGGAAGGUGAGUGCAAGCAAAACCCCAUGAUGGCGGGAAAUGCAAAACAAAAAGCCACAAGCAUCGCACAAAAAGCAGCUCAAGAGGCUAARGCCGCGUCCGAAGCGCAGCAGGCGGCUGGCGAGGCUGCUGCACUUCAAGUGAAGGGACAACUCGCCGAGAAGGCUAUGCAAGCUGCCAAAGCGGCCGAGGCAGCGCUUGCAGGCAAACAACAAAUCGUCCAGCAGCUGCAGCAGGAAGUGCGCGAAGCCGAGGCGGUUGUACAGGAGGAGAGUAGCUCACUACAGAAUGCACAGCAGAAUGUCAAUGCUGCCGUUAGCUCGGCCCAGCAAGCGCAAUCGCAAUUGAAGACGCUCACAAAAGCGGUACAGACAGCGCAAGCGAACGUCGGCAACGCCGAGCAGGCUGCAACAGGUGCACAGCAGGAAUUUGCCGAGAAGACGCAACUGGUGGAGGCGGCUAAGAUGCGUGUCGAACAGCUGUUGCGGCAGUUGAGCUCCGCCCGACAGGAUUUCAAUAAGACAAAGGAUGCGGCCAUGAAAGCGGCUGCAGCUGCGCACGAGGCUAAGGUGAAUGCAUCACCGACUGGUCGUUGUCGUCGUAUGAUGCGUUUGCCGCGUAAGCGUCGGCUUGCUGUAGCGCCACAAGCGAAGCAGUGAUACAUUUUUUUUUAUAGAUGUAUAUAUAUUUGUUAAAAUGUUUAUUUUUUUGUUUAGUCCUUUGUAAAUCGAUUUACUUGCAAAGA